AUGUCGAUCAUCCCAAGUUUCAUCAGCAACCAAAGGAGUAACGUUUUUGAUCCAUUUUCCCUUGACAUUUGGGAUCCAUUCCAAGGAUUUCCUUUCUCUACCGGUGCUCUGACUGGACAGCAAGGUGGUGGUUCUGAUGUUGCAAGAGAAACAUCGCAAUUAGCAAACACGAGGAUUGAUUGGAAAGAAACCCCAGAAGCUCAUGUCUUCACAGCUGAUCUUCCUGGUGUUAAGAAAGAAGAAGUGAAAGUUGAAGAAGGACGAGUUCUCCAAAUAAGUGGAGAAAGGAGUAAAGAAAGUGAAGAGAAGAAUGAUAAGUGGCAUAGAAUUGAACGCAGGAGCGGCAAGUUUUUGAGGAGGUUUAGGUUGCCCGAGAAUACUAAAAUGGAGGAAGUGAAAGCUACUAUGAAGAAUGGAGUUCUUAUUAUUUGUGUUCCUAAAGUUGAGCAGAAGAAGCCUGAAGUCAAGUCGAUUGAGAUUUCCGGUUCAUCGGCCGCCUGA